CUCCUCCCCGAUCGCUCGCUCGAUCGACAUUUUACUUUCAUCAUUCCAAUACUGGACUUUUCGUUUCUUUUGAAUCUCUUGAUUUCUCUGCAGCGUCUAAGUCGUCCAACAGGCGACUUCGCUUGACCGACGACGAAGAUUAGGGGACCCGAACACAGCAUGCGGUGGUUCUCAGGAGCAUGAACGACGGCUCAGGAAAUCAAUCACCAGUAAGAUUUUGGUGAAAGUGACUAGAAUUCCUGGCCUGGCGUUACCAAGCUAUUGAAUCUCCAUUCUAAGACUAGUACACAGCAGAAGGCUUUUGUGAGUUUUGUGAGUCUGCACAUCUUAGGAUUUGGCGAUCCUCGGCGAAGCAAGCAAGUCAAUCGGGACCUCCGCUUUGUCUUAUCUCCCCUCAAACUCUCUUCUUCGACAUUCCCGCUCACCCUUUCCGGCUCCCUUACGCCGCGACUCAUCGCAUAUGGAUCAUAUGCGGGAGGCGCCCCUGGCAGCAGGUCUGCUCACCACACUCCUGUCCUCCGCCAUUCCAACGCCCACAGCUCUAGCCCAACAUUUACCUUCUUCAUCCCCACUUCUACCUUCUCCGACUGCGAACCCCGUGUACGAUGGCGGCAACGGUGAUGGGGAAUCGGGUGGCAUGCACGAAUGGUCGUCUUUGAUUGGAAUUGUGACUGCGCUGGUUGGCAACGUGCUCAUUUCGCUGGCGCUCAACAUCCAACGCUACGCGCACAUCCGGAUCGAUCGGGAAUGGGAACAGGAGAAGCUACAAAAAGAGAUAGACUGGAAACGCGCCCAGCAAGGCCAUGACCACGAUCUGGGUGAUGGUGAAUCCGGUCGAGGCCGCAGCCGUGCUGCUCUCCAAGGACGUUACCGUGACGAAUCCCCUGACUUUGUACCUGAGGACGCGCCGAACCGUUCCGAGCGGAGCCAGCGAUAUCGCGACGACGACGAGGAUGACGGCGUGCAUGAUUACAUGGGGGAUUCAAUGCAGUCCGACAAUACUGUCCGGCCGGAGAACGAGGGCGACCGCCGGAGUGGCCGCAAAUCCUACCUGCGCUCACCGUACUGGUGGGUCGGAAUCGUGCUCAUGUCUGUAGGCGAGGUGGGAAACUUCAUGGCCUAUGGGUUUGCGCCCGCGUCUAUCGUGUCUCCGUUGGGUGUGGUUGCGCUGAUCUCGAACUGCGUCAUUGCGCCUUUCAUGCUGAAGGAGAAAUUCCGGCAACGCGAUGCUUGGGGUGUUCUCAUCGCCAUCGCGGGCGCCGUGGUGGUUGUGAUUAGUGCCCCGUCCUCGGAGGAGAAGAUCGGGCCUCACGAUAUCUGGGUGAUGAUAACGCGCUGGGAGUUUGAGCUCUAUUUGGGUCUCACGGCUGCGUUGAUUGUCGGGCUGAUGUGGGCUAGUCGUAAGUAUGGGCCGAAGACAAUCUUGAUCGACGUGGGGCUGGUUGCAUUGUACGGUGGAUAUACUGCUUUGUCGACCAAAGGUGUCUCUUCUCUAUUGACAUUCACCUUUUGGCAUGUUAUCACGUUCCGGGUCACUUAUCUCCUCGUUUUCAUCCUCAUCUUCAGCGCAAUAAUGCAGAUUCGAUACAUCAACCGAGCGCUGCAGCGUUUUGAUUCGACUCAGGUGAUCCCGACUCAGUUUGUUCUUUUCACUCUUUCAGUCAUUAUCGGCAGCGCCAUUCUUUAUCGCGACUUCGAAGCUUUCACGGUGAAGCGCGCCAGCAAAUUUGUGGGCGGUUGUCUUUUGACCUUCUUGGGAGUGUACUUCAUCACUAGUGGAAGAGUCCGUAGCGACACGGAGUCCUCUUUCUCGGCUGAUGACGAGGAAGAGGCUAUCGGGCUGCUGGCGGGGGAGCGCUAUCACGAUCAUGUCGAUCUGUCACCAAAUUUAGCCCCGCAAGGCAAAGUACAUCAGCCCGGACGAACUGUGCACAAUUUUCAGGAUGGCAGUCUGGAAUCUCCGUCCGGGUCACUUAUCAGUCAUGGCCUUGAGGAUGUGGAUGAUAAUCUGCCCACUUCUCGGGGAGCGUUGUCUGCUGCGCCAUCUUCCCCGACGGGUUCUCUUAUUGCGGAAUCAGAAUCACGUCGCUUGGAUGAGCCCACAUCUCCUGUACACCCCAGUUCACUUCUAAGAAACCCGUGGGCUGAGUCCCGAGGAUCAACGUCGGCUUCAAGCCAUCGCCCAUCCACCCCUCCUGGACACUCGGGAUCAACCACACAUGAGUCGCCAUUCCUGCUUCGCUUCCCUCCUGCUCCUGGCGCGGAAGAUGGCGAACCGCAAGGCACGCCCACUGAAGGAAAUCAGCAGAAUGUCCGAAACGUUGUUGUCCCGCAGACCCCACCGGCACGGAGACUGCGCAAUUCCAUAUCUAACUUCUCGCCUGGCCCUUUCCUCCCCGCGAUCUCAUCUGGGUUCAGCGCGGUGGUUGCUGAGUCGCUUCGUCGUGGUGAGAUCAGCCCCAACAAGGGUCGGAAGAUUGGACGACGGAUAGGCCGGAAGAAGCAGCUGAGUACGACAGUGUUGGAUGGAUACACUCGGACCAGAAAUGGCGAGACACUCGAGCCCAUCCGUGAUUCGGAUGGAAGUGCUGGAGUGGGUCUAAACCCCCGGUUUCCAUUGUCAGACACCCGGCUUCAUUCUACGGGUGAGCUAUCUACAGCUCCUGUGACUGCCGGUGCUGCCACUCCUGGGCUCGAAUCGGAAGUUGGUACUGGAACGCCCAAACCACAGGAUAUUGCCUCGCUCUCGCGACUUCGAAGCCUGAGUGAUUCGUGGAGCGGAGGACUGGCCUGGCUCGGCGGCGUUCUCCACAAACCCGGUGCGAGGAGAGGGUCCGCUAACCCACCUCUGUCGGAAGACCAAGGAGUUGACGGCAGUGCCGGGGCACCGAGCAGCCAAACCCAGCGGGGGUCCGAGUCUGACACGCAGGUGUAGUAGGCUGAGAGUUUCUCAGGUGGCUGAGUCACACCACUUGUUAGUACAUACUUUUGUUUUCGAGUAAUAUAUGGGCGGAAGAUAAUUUCAGAUAGCAUCAGCAUUCCCUCUGCACUUUAUAGGGGUUUUAAUAGACUUUAGCGUUAUGGUUCAUCAGUCGAGAUGGAGGGCGAGGGAAGGGUUUAUUUCUGCAUGACACUGGAUGCAGUGAAAAUGGAAGAAACUUGCCUCUGCCUACAUGUACAGGAUAACUCAUACGACCAACCU